AUGUUUAAAUCUUUAUUAUUUACAACAAAUAAUAAUAAAUAACUUAAAUAUAACAAUGAAAAAGGUGGAUUUGUCAAAAUUUAAAAUACAAACAAGGAGUAGAUUAAACAAUAACAAAGAAUCAAACGAAACAGAAAUCAAUGUUUCUAAUAAAAUAAAAUCAAAAUAUAAGAAAAAACCGUUAAAUACAGAUACAGAACUUGGGAAGGAGUUAGUUGCUGCUGAUAAUAAUUUAGAAAAUGCGGUAAAAAUUAAACUAGAACCAAAAGUUGAAAAUUCACAAAAUAUCAAAGAAAAUAUUGAUAAUAAGCUCAAAAUAUCUAAACUAAAACGCGAACACAUAGAAAUUAAGUAUGAGGAACCAACAACGUCAAAAAUAAAACAAGGGGAUGGUAAACCAUAUAAUUGGGAAUUAAUUUUGAAAAACCUUAGGGAAAUGAGAAAAAAUGCAGAUGCUCCUGUAGAUAAAAUGGGUUGUGAUAAAUGUUCUGAUGAAGAGGCCUCUCCUAAAGUCAUACGAUACCAAUGCUUAUUAUCUUUAAUGCUAAGUAGUCAAACUAGGGAUGAAGUAACACAUGCUGCCAUGAUGAGAUUACGACAACAUGGUUGUAUGGUAGAUCAUAUAUUAGAAACAGAUGAUGAUGUAUUGGGGAAACUGAUAUAUCCAGUUGGAUUUUGGAAGAGCAAGGUAAAAUUCAUUAAAAAAACAACAGAGAUAUUAAAAAAUGAAUAUAAGGGUGAUAUACCAAAUACUGUAAAAGAUUUGUGUAAAUUACCUGGGGUGGGCCCCAAAAUGGCUCACUUGUGUAUGAAAUCAGCAUGGGGUAAAGUUACAGGAAUAGGUGUUGAUACUCAUGUGCACAGAAUAUCAAAUCGUCUAGGUUGGGUUGACACAAAAACCCCUGAAGAAACACGAAAAUCCCUAGAAGAUUGGCUACCCUUGGAAUUGUGGAGUGAAGUUAAUCAUUUACUGGUGGGUUUUGGGCAACAAAUCUGCCAACCAUUAAGACCACAAUGUCCCACAUGUUUAAACCAUGAAAUUUGCCCUUAUGGUAUAAAAUAUAUUAAUAACGAAUUACCUGUCAAGCCAAAAAAGAUUAAAGGAAAAUAA